CCCAAACCGGGACACGGAAACAGGCCAUGGCUACGCCUCCUUUUCCGCCCCGCUCCGCCGAUGGAUUCCCACGGAUUCCAAUGACCCGCCGCAGUUUCCACGCCACCUUUAUAGCCCGCCCCUCCCCCCGUCUUCCUCAUCUUUCUCACACGGCUCGAGCUCCCCAUGGAUUCCUCUGCCUUCUCUUCUUCCUAUGGAACCUUGGCCGCCUCCGACCUCGGGGCUGGCUUCUCCGGCUGCGCCUCCUACGUCGCUUACCCCACGCGCUCUUGCCACAGAGGCUCCCUGAUGGGGGGACCCCUGUCGCCGCCCGGGCCGAGAAGGUUGUUCAGCUACGGCUUCGACGAGGACGAGGUCGACGGCGAGUGCGAGCCUUGCCACUUCUUGGACUCCUGCUCGCUCUGCAGGAAGCCGCUUUCCCGCAACCGCGACAUCUUCAUGUACAGAGGGGACACACCGUUCUGUAGCGAGGAGUGCCGGCAAGAGCGGAUCGAGAUCGACGAGGCCAAGGAGAAGAGAUGGAAUCUCUCCGCGAAGGCCUCCGGUGCGAGGAGGCAAGUGGCUGGGUGAUCACCACGCUGUUGGAUCAGAGGCUAUGGGCUUCUCCCUACAAAGUGGAGAUCCCACGAGAGGAAGAGACGAGGGGAAGGGAAAGAGAUCUAUCCAUGAUGAGGAAGCUCUCGCGAUUGUAUAGGAUGAGACCUGCGGUAUUACCCGAAGUCCACUGUAAAUUUUUCCUGCCUCCAAAGGAGGUCUUCUUCUUCUUGUUGCUGCUUCUGCCGUUCUCUGAUGCCUUGACCUUUAAAAGAAGGCAAAGUAAAGUGAGGCUUCGACCAGUAGAUGUUCUGCUGUUCUUCUUCUGUCGAUAUUAUGUUCUUGUACCUUUUUUGUUAGAGUUGAUGACCACGAAAUUGAUUGUGUUAGUAAA